GCAAAUUUAUAGCAGCAGUUAAAACAAGACAAUGUUUCCUUCCUAAUGAGCCGCUGCCAAUUGUUUCAGCGAGUGCCGUGAUUUGAAUUCAAAGAUACAUCUGACCACUUCUGACCACUGCUGUCGUUGAAGCUAUACCGGAAGUCGCUGGCAGGGAAUCAUCUUGACUCGGUAAGUUAUGACACACACAGAAGCACCAGCUCCUUCCAGAAGUUUCUACUCAUGGUUUUCAGCUCGGCUCCAACACUCGUCCACUCAGAGUCGGACCUCGUCUUUGUGUGUUUGUACAUUUUAAGUUUCAUUUUUUUUCUUCUUUCCACAUUGCGGAGAGCAGUGGGAAGUUGUCCACCGACUGUGACAAGUGAGGGAAGCUAACCUUGACAGCUAGCUAGCCGGCUAUCGUGCGCAUCAGCGACAGCUGCAGCGUCGGCGGACCCGCUAACCUGCCGCGCGCCGCGGACGCGUAGGACGUGUUGUUUUGCCCACGGGGCAGAAACCGAACCGUCUAGACAAUGACAACGCCUUUAUGAAGCGGGAGGAGAAGUGACGGGCUGUCGACAUGGGUAAAGACUACUACAAAGUGCUGGGGAUAGCCAGAGGUGCCUCCGAAGAUGAGAUAAAAAAGGCGUACAGAAAGCAGGCCCUGCGCUUCCACCCCGACAAAAACAAGUCUCCCGGCGCGGAGGAUAAAUUCAAAGAGAUCGCCGAAGCCUACGACGUCCUCAGCGAUGCCAAGAAAAAGGAAGUUUACGAUCGCCUCGGAGAAGAAGGAUUAAAGGGUCCAGCCGGUGGUGGAGGUGGAGGACACACUGGUCAAAGCUACAACUACACCUUCCAUGGAGACCCUCACGCAAUGUUUGCGGAGUUCUUUGGUGGCCGCAGCCCUUUCGACCAUUUCUUUCCACAAAACGGGGAGGAGGACAUGGACGUCAACGAUCCCUUCGCGCCAUUUGGCAUGGGAAGAAUGGGCGGAGCGGGAGGCUUUCCCAGGUCCUUUAAAUCCCACCCGGGAGCUCCUCGCAGACCACACGAGAGGAGGAAGGACCCGCCGGUGAUGCACGAGCUGAAGGUGAGCCUGGAGGAGGUCUUCUCGGGGUGCACCAAAAAGAUGAAGAUUUCCCGCAAGAGACUGAACCCGGACGGCUGCACGAUGCGCAACGAGGACAAGAUUUUAACGGUCGACAUCAAGCGCGGCUGGAAGGAGGGGACGAAAAUCACCUUUCCCAAGGAGGGAGACGAGACUCCCAGCAACAUUCCUGCAGACGUGGUGUUCGUGGUUAAAGAUAAGCCACACCCGGUGUUCAGAAGAGAGGGCUCGGAUAUAAUCUAUCCUGCCAAAAUAUCACUCAGAGAAGCGCUGUGUGGCUGCACGGUCAACGCGCCGACGCUAGACGGCCGCACCAUCACUGUGACCUCCAGAGACGUUGUCCGACCUGGAACGAAAAAGCGAAUUUCUGGAGAAGGGCUCCCUAUAUCCAAGUUCCCCGAGAAGAGGGGCGACAUGAUCCUGGACUUCUCGGUGAAAUUUCCUGAAAAGCUGGGCCAAAGCACGCGAGAUGCACUCAAGCAGAUCCUCCCACCGUGACCCGAAGCCAAACGUUUGCCCUAGAUUCAUGUUUAGUGAGAAGUUUCGCCGCUAAAUGCCCCGGAUCCUACGCUCUACACCUUAAACACUUCCAGCAACACACUCUUCAGUGCGGGUCUUCUGGACGAUUGAGGCUCAGGGCAGAUAUGCUUCCGGAUGAGUUUAAUUUGACCUUCCGAGCACCAAAUCGAUUUUUCUUACUUAACAUCUAUUCAGUUGGGUGACCGGCUUAGGACUCGGAAACCGAGUGAGUACAGCCUGCUCAAAUGGGGAGGUAAAAAGUUUUAAUGUAUGUAGCGUGUAGCUAGAUAAUGAUACACUGGGUCACGUGAUCCACUUCAGCUGCUUUGGGUUCAUUCAGAAAUCUAACAUAAAUGUAACUGGGGAUUUGUAUUUUUUGGGAUGCAGCCAGCUGAUUCACAAUACCUCAGGUGCAGUGCCGCACGCUUGAAUGUAGUUAGAACUACAUGACUCAACGGGUUUUGAUGUGUUCUUUGUUCUCCAGUGUUGAGCCUGAGAGGUGAGAACACGGGAUCUGACUUUAUGAAGCAGAUCAUGGUCAGCCAGAUGUGACUUAUUGACGUUAAAUACGGUUUUCUUGUCCUUUCAGUGUGUCCGUUAUCUGCACUCAUUGUCACAGUCUCAUAAACUGACGGAUAACUUACAAUAUGCAUAAAAGCAAAAAAUAAUUUUACGUCAGAGGAGCUGCAGUUGUAUAACCUUACGUGAGAAUGAUUCCUGAUUAUACAUUUAGGAAGAGCGCACUGAGAAGUACUUUGUAUUGUUGGAUUUCUUAGUUUAUGUAUACAAUUACUUUAAUGAGAGGACAAAUUCAGUCUGGUUAAUCCCUGGUGUUUGACCUUGCAAAAUGUUUACUUUCACAAUACCUUUUUUUCUGGGAGUACAGCACGUAUAUAAAAUAACUGUAGGGAGACUUUUUGUGCCAAAUAAUCGUCCCUAUAUGAUAAUGUGUGUUUUCUAAAAGUAUGUUGAGCGCAUUGGUGUAUCCUGUAAUGUGUGUCACAAACAAGCUAUUUACAUCAUUUGUGCCCUUUUGAGGGUGCUCGAUGACUAAUUAGUUGGAUAUUCCAGUUCCCUGUAAUUAUGUCUGUUCGACUGCUUUAACCAAGUAAGUUGUUUUUGUUCUCUUUGCCCAUCAUGGUUUAUGGCAAUAUUUCUUAGACUGAGAUGUAAAAAAAUACUACAGUUCAAAAGCCCAAGAAUCUAUUUUUGUUUAUCUUGUCUUCUCUCUUAAAGCUCUUAACAGACGCAAUGCGCUCAGAGAUGUGCAGCAUUUGGAACUGUGAAGUUCCACACUUCAUAAGAAACCCUAAAAUAUAUAUUUAACUAUCAUUCAUAUUCAGCUUUGUGCACCUUUUGAACAUUGUAAUGAUAGACAUUUGUAAGUCAGUUAUUUUAUUUUCACAUUUGAAGUAUUUUAAGUAUUUGACUGCUCCUGCUGGAGUUUUAAUUUUCUUACAUGUGGUUUAACAUGAAAUGUAGAGAUGUGUAAUCUCUGUAAUGUGUAACAUUCUUAUUGUUUUCCUUUUUAAGUGGAAAAAGUGGGUUAUCUAGUUUCAGCUCCUGUAUUUUUUGUUUUUGAGAUGCCUCAGGUUGGGAUUCAAGAUAUUUUGAUUUUAACAACAAAGCUUUUACGAAUUGAUAAUGACAUUUUUAAUAGAUUCUUCCUAUGCUGUGAUGAUUUGCAUUUCCACAUUAAAGCGACAAAUAUCUACCCAA